UGAAUGAUAAACCUGCAGUUAUGGCCACCAAAGGAAGUUUGUCUUCACUCUUGAUUCUGAGACUUCUUUUGCUUCUGCUWCAUUUKAACCCUUCUCUGCUUUACUCUCUAAAGAACUGCACUAUCCUUUAUCAGGAGAAUCCAUCUGAUCAUGUUUAUGUGGAUUGCUCACAGAGGAACCUUUUAGCUAUUCCUGAUGACAUCCCUAAAGACGCAGUUUCAUUACAGUUUUGUGAAAAUGAACUACCAAAAAUUAAACAAGAUGAUUUCCGUGGUUUCUUCAAACUGAGGCUUCUUGAAGUAGAMAUAAAUAAAAUUUCUUAUGUGGAAAAUGGAUCAUUUCUUGAUUUGGGUUUAUUAAAAAUUCUCAUCAUGAGAUGGAACGAACUUACCAGUAUAACAGCCAAUAUGUUUCAAGGACUUUCUAAUCUUACCCAGCUUGACCUCAGUUAUAACAUGAUCCAGUUUAUUCAUAAAACUGCAUUCAAUUUCCUUGUCAGCUUACAAUCUUUAGAUUUAAGUGGAAGUAAAUUCCAACAAAUCACUGAAAUCCAACCCAUUUUCCAGUUACCACAGAUACAGAAACUUAAACUGUUAGACAAUUCAUUUCUUUCCUUUGAGACAAAAGACCUGCAGCUUAAUUUCUCAUCCAGUAUUAAAGAGUUGUAUGUUUCUGGGUAUAACAUGCAAAUGUUUAGCAUCACAACUCCAAUUCUUCCUCAUCUCCACCUUAUAGAACUUUCAUACCAAUCAGGAGAUUCUACAAUGAAAUGGUACAUAUCGGACAAACAUUUUCUGAGAAACAUAACACAUUUACAUAUUGACUUGURUCCGUUUUUAUUUCAAAAURUCAAGACAGUAAUGAAGAGCYUUGAAUCUCUAUCAUAUUUAAAGUUACAAUCAACAAGCAGGUGGAUAGAGAGAGGGAUAUUGUCUACAGUUUGUAAYAUACCAACACUGAGGAGUCUGAAUUUGAGGUACAGUGAUCUUCAUAAUUUAACUUUUGAACUUGCAUCAUGCUCUCAGCUCAUAGAGCUUGACUUAGCUAACAGUCAAAUGACUGWACUGCGAAAAGAUUCAAUACAAUCAAUCAACCGACUACAGUCGCUGAAUGUGACUAGCAACCAACUCACCAUAGUUCCAUAUGAUAUAAGAAACCUUAUCUUCCUUGAGGUCUUAAAUAUGCAAAGAAACACAAUCCUGACAUUGAACUGUGAGGAUUUUGUGAACACAACAAGUCUUAGARAGCUAUACCUCAAUCACAAUCGUAUAACUGACAUCAAAAGUUGUGCGAUUGAAAAACUUCCUAAUCUUACGGUUUUGGAUUUGAGCUAUAAUCUACUAAUGACAUUUGGAGACUCC